CACGGCCUGCGCGCCCGAACUGGAUAUAGCAUCCGCGUUAGGAAGCGCCCACAGACUGGCGGGUCACUGUGGAGCCGUGCUGUGUUUAAUGACAGCGGGCCGAACGACUUGUUUUAACACUUUUAUCUCAACGCAGUUUUAUCGUGUGCGUCCUUGUGCUUUCAAGUUGCCUGUUUACGAUGCCGUCAAAAACGUCCUUGUCUUUGCCCGACGACGUGAGAAAGAGGCUGCAGAUGCUGGAUGAUGAUGAUGGAUCUCCAGAGGAGGAUCAGGUGAAGGAGAAGCUGAAGUUGGUGCUGGACUUCCUGCAUGAUGACGCCCAGGACCAGUUGACCAGCCUGGAGGAAAAAAUGAAGAAAUCAGAAAUCUCAAAGGAGGUUUACAUCUCGAAAGUGAAGGUGCUGCUGGGUAAGGAGCUUCACCUGGAAAACGGCUCGCUGGUGGACGGCGCGGAGCAGAACGGGAAGGCCAACGGCUUCGCCAACGGCUCCCACAAAGACAAGGAGGAGGAAGACGUGGAGAUGGCGGCGGAGCGAGAGGAGGCGGAGACCAAGUCGCCGGCGGCUCUCAGGGGGAAGGGCGGGCGCAGGAGCAAGGCAAACUCUGAAACGAAAAAAUCGCCGACCAGUACAAGAGUGACGAGAAACAGCGGGAAGCAGCCGACCAUCCUGUCCAUGUUCUCUAAAGUUCAGAAGCGUAAAUCUGAGGACCUGAACGGAGAGGCCGUCAACGGAGCAAACGAGCCGAAGACGGAGGAGGACGCCGAAGAGACUCAGGAGGAGAAGCGCCUCAAGGUGGAGUCUGAUGAAACACCUGCUGCAGAUGAGUCGAAAUCCAAAAUUGCGAAGCCAGGACCCGCUGCGAAGACGCCACCGCCCAAAUGUCCUGACUGCAGGCAGUAUCUGGACGACCCCGAUCUGAAGCUGUUUCAGGGCGAUCCGGACAACGCGCUUGAAGAGCCAGAGAUGCUGACUCACGAGAGUUUGUCUCUGUUCGAAUCCAACGAGGACGGCUUUGAGAGCUACGAGAAUCUGCCCCAACACCGCAUCACAAACUUCAGCGUGUACGACAAGCGCGGCCACCUCUGCCCGUUCGACUCCGGGCUGAUCGAGAAGAACGUGGAGCUGUACUUCAGCUGCUACGUGAAACCCAUCUAUGACGACAGCCCGGGCCUGACCAGUGGCGUUUUUGCCAGGAAGCUCGGGCCCAUCAACGCCUGGUGGAUAACCGGCUUCGACGGCGGGGAGAAGGCUUUGAUCGGGUUCACGACGUCUUUCGCCGACUACAUCCUGAUGGAGCCCAGCGAGGAGUACGCGCCCAUCUUCGCCCUGAUGCAGGAGAAGAUCUACAUGAGCAAGAUCGUGGUGGAGUUCCUGCAGAAAAACCCAGACGUCUCCUACGAGGACCUUCUCAACAAGAUCGAGACCACCGUCCCCCCGGCGGGGCUGAACUUCAACUGCUUCACCGAAGACACGCUGCUGCGCCACGCCCAGUUCGUGGUGGAGCAGGUGGAGAGCUACGACGAGGCCGGCGACUCGGACGAGCAGCCCAUCAUCGUCACACCCUGCAUGAGAGAUCUGAUCAAACUGGCCGGAGUCACGCUGGGAAAGAGGCGAGCCGCCAGAAGACAGGCCAUCCGCCACCCAACCAAGAUAGAGAAGGACAGUAAGGGGCCGACCAAGGCCACCACCACCAAGCUGGUCUACCAGAUUUUCGACGCCUUCUUCGCCGAUCAGAUAGAGCAGAACGAUAAAGAGGGCGGGGCCAAACGUCAGCGCUGUGGAGUCUGUGAAGUGUGCCAAUCUCCUGACUGUGGCAAGUGCGCAGCCUGCAAGGACAUGAUCAAGUUUGGAGGCAGCGGUAAAAGCAAGCAAGCUUGUAAGCAGAGAAGAUGUCCAAAUCUUGCUGUAAAGGAGGCUGAAGAUGAUGAGAACAUUGAGGAGGAAGACGUUCCAGCAGAGAAGGCCAAAAAGGUUCUUCAAACCAAGAAAAAGAGGCAGACCCAGUCCAAACUGGCAUGGAUCGGCGAGCCUGUCGAGACCGCGGGGAAGAGGCAGUACUACAAGAAGGUCUCCUUGAACGACGAAGUGCUGGAAGUGGGCGACUGCGUCUCCGUCUCAUCAGACGAUCCCUCCAUGCCUAUCUAUCUAGCAAGGAUCACGUCGUUGUGGGAGGACAACAACGGGAAGAUGUUUCACGCCCACUGGUUCCUCCGUGGGAUUCACACGGUGCUCGGAGAGUCCUCCGAUCCUCUGGAGCUCGUCAUCGUCGACGAAUGCGAAGACAUGCUGCUCAACUAUGUGCAGGGAAAAGUGAACGUUAUGUACAAAGCCCCGUCAGACAACUGGUGCAUGGAGGGAGGCAUCGAUGUUGACCUGAAGGUAAUCGAGGACGAUGGGAAGAGUUUCUUCUAUCAGUUCUGGUAUGAUACGGAGUUUGCCCGAUUUGAGACGCCUCCCAAGACCGAACAGUCGGAAGACUGCAAGUUCAGAUUCUGUGGCAGCUGCACCCGCAUCAAGGAGCGAGACGAGAAGGGAGUGCCCCGUGCGUUUGAGCCGCUGGAGAACGAGGACAGCGACAACAAGGCUCUGUAUGCGAUGGCCUGCUUCAAAGGAGAGCAGUUCAGGGUCGGAGACAGCGUCUACCUGCCCCCUGAAGCCUUUAGCUUUAGCGUGAAACCAGCCAGCCCAGUGAAACGCUCCCACAGGAAAGAGGACGUGGAUGAAGAUCUGUAUCCAGAGUAUUACAGGAAGUCCUCAGACUACAUCAAGGGGUCCAACCUGGACGCUCCGGAGCCUUUCCGUGUCGGUCGCAUCAAAGAGAUCUUCUACCACCGCCGCAGUAACGGCAAAGCCGACACCUCAGAGGUCAAGCUGAGACUCUACAAGUUCUACAGGCCGGAGAACACGCACAGAGGCGUCAAAGCCAGCUACCACACGGACGUCAAUCAGCUCUACUGGAGCGACGAGGAAGUGACGGUGAACAUGUCGGAGGUACUGGGACGCUGUCAGGUGGAGUACGCCGAAGACCUGAACGAGUCGGUCCACGAUUACUCCAGCGGUGGACCCGACCGCUUCUACUUCCUGGAGGCUUACAGCGCUAAAUCGAAGAGUUUUGAAGAUCCUCCCAACCACGCCCGCUCCUCUGUGCAUAAAGGGAAGGGGAAGGGCAAAGGAAAAGGUAAAGGCAAAGGAAAGGCGUCACAAGACUCUCAGGAGUCCCGCACAGAACCCCAGACUCUGAAAGUACCCAAGUAUCGGACUCUGGACGUGUUCUCCGGCUGCGGCGGGCUCUCCGAGGGCUUCCACCAGGCUGGUAUCUCCGAGACCCUGUGGGCCAUCGAGAUGUGGGAGCCGGCGGCCCAGGCGUUCAGGCUCAACAACCCCGGCACCACGGUGUUCACCGAGGACUGCAACGUCCUCCUGAAGCUGGUCAUGUCCGGAGAAAAGACCAACUCCCUCGGCCAGAAGCUGCCCCAGAAGGGGGACGUGGAGAUGCUCUGCGGCGGCCCCCCCUGCCAAGGCUUCAGCGGGAUGAACCGCUUCAACUCUCGCACCUACUCCAAGUUCAAGAACUCGCUCGUGGUGUCCUAUCUGAGUUACUGCGACUACUACCGGCCGAAGUUCUUCCUGCUGGAGAACGUGAGGAACUUCGUGUCGUUCAAGAACUCCAUGGUCCUGAAGCUGACGCUGCGCUGCCUGGUGCGGAUGGGCUACCAGUGCACGUUCGGAGUCCUUCAGGCCGGUCAGUACGGCGUGGCCCAGACCCGGCGCCGGGCGAUCAUCCUGGCCGCCGCUCCCGGGGAGAAGCUGCCUCGCUAUCCGGAGCCGCUGCACGUGUUCGCUCCCAGGGCCUGCUCGCUCACCGUGGCGGUGGACGAGAAGAAAUACGUCAGCAACGUCACACGCGGCAACGGUGGCAUCUACAGAACCAUCACUGUCAGGGACACCAUGUCCGAUCUGCCUGAGAUUCGCAACGGCGCCGCCGCCCUGGAGAUUUCCUACAACGGAGAGCCUCAGUCUUGGUUCCAGAGGCAGAUCAGAGGCACGCAGUAUCAGCCCAUUCUCAGAGACCACAUCUGCAAGGACAUGAGCGCGCUGGUGGAGGCCAGGAUGCGUCACAUCCCCCUCGCUCCGGGCUCCGACUGGAGGGAUCUGCCCAACAUCGAGGUGCGGUUAAAAGACGGCACCAUGACGAAGAAACUGCGCUACACGCACCACGACAAGAAGAACGGCCGCAGCAGCACCGGCGCGCUCCGAGGCGUCUGCACCUGUGCAGGAGGGAAAACCUGCGACUCGGCCGACAGGCAGUUCAACACCCUGAUUCCCUGGUGCCUGCCCCACACCGGCAACCGCCACAAUCACUGGGCCGGGCUGUACGGCAGGCUGGAGUGGGACGGCUUCUUCAGCACGACCGUCACCAACCCCGAACCCAUGGGAAAGCAGGGCCGGGUCCUGCAUCCCGAGCAGCACAGAGUGGUCAGCGUGAGGGAGUGCGCUCGCUCUCAGGGCUUCCCCGACACCUACCGCUUCUUCGGGAACGUCCUGGACAAACACAGACAGGUUGGAAAUGCUGUUCCUCCCCCGCUCUCUAGAGCCAUCGGACUGGAGAUUAAGAAAUGUGUCGCAGAUCGGAUGAAGGAGGAACAAGCUACAGCAGACAUCAAACAAGAAAAGAUGGAGGUCUCUGACUAACUCCUUCUUUUUUUUUUCCAUGUUUUAAAGGUUUUAAUGCUGGAAUACUUUUUAAGUGAUUUGACUUUCAGCUGUCACCAAGUGGCCACUAUGUACUAUGUAGUAAUCAUUCCAUAUUGCGUCUUAAUGGUUUUUAUUCAUGCUGUUAAAUGUUCAAUGUGGAGUAAAUUGUAUGUAGAUUUUAUAUGUAAUAUUUCAAAUAAAGUUCUCCUGAAAUUGUA